CGGCCGGGAGGCACUGGGUCCCCGAGGCCCGGGCCAGCGUCCUGAGGGGCGUUCCGGACCCUUGGCAAGGCCCCCCGGUCCAGGCGGCCCCCGCGGACGGCGCCAAAGGAGUGCCUCCGGGCACGGCCGCCAGGACUCCUCCGGAGAGCAGGCCGCCGGGGGAGACCCGCGGGAGCUACUGCAUGUCCGAGGACAGUGACAUCAACAUCACCAGCGAGGAGGAGCCCCUGCCCGGCGCCAAAGACCAGGAGAACGGAGGCGCCGGCCCCUGGGCUUCCCCGGAGAGCCGGGCCGCGCCAGCAGAGGGCCUCUGCUGCUACAUCUGCGGGUCGCCGCUGGCCCCGGCCUCGCGGCACCAGAUCCACGUGCAGAAGCAGGAAAAGUUGGCUCAGGCGCCUUUCUUCCCCUUCCUGUGGCUGCACAGCCCCCCUCCGGGGGCACAGCCCAUCAGCGAGGGCGGCAGCACCCUGGUGUGCCCCUGCUGCUUCUCCUCGCUCAUGCAGCAGUGGCAAAGCUUCGAGCUGGCCAGCGUGCCCGUCCUGCAGCGACUGUACGUGGUGCCCCUGAACAGCCAUGCCCCGGGCAUGGCCUCCAAGGGCCGCCGGCUCCCCAGGGAGGAGGGCCCGCCCGCCGGGGCCCUGCCGGAGGCCUGCUAUCUCUGCGGGGAGGAUUGCACCCAGGACGCCCGGGCCGUGGCCUCCAGGAUCCUGAACGGCACCCCCAGGGGCUCCAUGCAUUUCCCCUUCCUCAGCCUCCUGCCCCGCCCCCCCAACGCCCGGGGCCCCAACAAGCGCUGCGAGGUCCGGAGCUGUCCCAAGUGCUUCAGCGUCCUGGAGGACGUGUGGGCCCUGUACCGGGCCUGCCACAACGACGAACUUAUCACCUCCGUGCAGGGCUUCCUGGGCAGGUACCACCAGGCCUUCUCUGCCUCGGACCCCGCCCUCUCCGAGCCGCCCGCGUCGGCCCCGGGCGGCCCGGCCUCCGUCUGCUACGUCUGCGGGGCCGAGCUGGGCCCCGGGAAGGAGUUCCAGCUCAACGUGAACCCCUCGGGCCGCCUGGGCGAAAAGGAGCCCUUCUUCCCGUUCCUCACCGUCUACCCGCCCGCCCCACGCGCCAGGCCCGCGGACUCCACCGGCCUGGUGGCCGCCUGCGUGCUGUGCUACCACGACCUGCUGGGCCAGUGGCUGCAGCAUGAGGCCCGCGGCGCCCAGCACACCGUCAGCGCCUGGUCUCGGCAGUACCGGGUGGAGACGUUCGUGUGCUUCUUUUGCCAGCAGGAGAAGGAGCGGUGUCUCGGGCUGAGGGCCGUGCGGGUCGCCCGGCUGCCGCUGUUCCUCUACACCCUGCGAGCGAGUCACAGCCUGCUGGUGGACGACGGGCGGCAGCUGAUCAUCGGCGCCUGCGCGGAGUGCGGGACCCUGGUGUGCGCCGGCCAAGGGCUGGCCCGCCAGGGGCCCCUCGGUUGGAGCUCCCCGGCGGCACUGGCGAUGAAGGUCACCUCUGCAUCUCUGGAGGCGUCGACAGCCGUCCACCCCCCAGCCAGGGAGCCUGAGCCCCGGCCAGGCGCCCCCGCAGAGAGCACGCCCAGAGGCCCCAGGACAGCCCAGGAGCCGGGGCCCGCCCGCUGUCAGCAGAGCGGCUUGGACGGGGCCGGAGCAGACCCCGCAGGCGCAGGCAUGAGCCAUGAGCCCAAGUCCCCUUCACUAGGGAUGCUUUCCACCGCGACCAGGACCACCGCCACCGUCAACCCCCUCACCCCCUCGCCGCUCAAUGGCGCCCUGGUGCCCAGCAGCAGUCCCACCGCCGGCAGUGCGCUGUCGGCCCAGGUCGCGCCGUCCUCCAGCUUUGCCGCCGCGCUGCGCAAGCUCGCCAAACAGGCGGAGGAGCCCAGAGGGUCUUCGCUGAGCAGCGAGUCGUCCCCCGUGUCCUCACCGGCCACCAACCACAGCUCUCCCGCCAGCACGCCCAAGCGCGUGCCCAUGGGCCCCGUCAUCGUCCCCCCUGGGGGCCACAGUGUGCCCAGCACACCCCCCGUGGUGACCAUCGCCCCGACCAAGACCGUCAAUGGCGUCUGGAGGAGUGAGAACCGACAGGACGCCGGCUCUCGGGGCGGCGGCGGCGGUCGGGAGCGCCUCAUCGUGGAGCCCCCGCUGCCCCAGGAGAAGGCGGGGGGCCCCGCCAUCCCCUCCCACCUGCUCAGCACCCCCUACCCUUUCGGCAUCUCCCCCAGCUCCGUGGUGCAAGACUCGCGCUUCCCACCGCUCAACCUGCAGCGGCCUGUGCACCACGUGGUGCCCCCGAGCACCGUGACCGAGGACUACCUGAGGAGCUUCCGGCCCUACCACACCACCGAGGACCUCCGCAUGACCUCCCUGCCUCCCCUGGGCCUGGACCCGGCCGCCGCGGCCGCCGCCUACUAUCACCCCAGCUACCUGGCCCCGCACCCCUUCCCCCACCCAGCCUUCAGGAUGGACGACUCCUACUGCUUGUCAGCCCUACGGUCCCCCUUCUACCCCAUCCCCACGCCCGGCUCCCUGCCCCCGCUGCACCCAUCGGCUAUGCAUCUCCACCUGUCCGGGGUCCGCUACCCCCCCGAGCUCUCCCACUCGUCCCUGGCGGCGCUGCACUCGGAGCGGAUGUCCAGCCUCAGUGCCGAGAGGCUACAGCUGGACGAGGAGCUGAGGCGCGAGCGGGAGCGGGAAGCGGACCGCGAGCGCGAGAAGGAGCGCGAGCGUGAGAAGGAGCGCGAGCGCGAGAAGGAGCUGGAACGGGAGCGGGAGAAGGAGCGCGAGCGGGAGCUGGAGCGCCAGCGGGAGCAGCGGGCCCGCGAGAAGGAGCUGCUGGCGGCCAAGGCGCUGGAGCCGGCCUUCCUGCCCGUGGCCGAGCUGCACGGGCUGCGGAGCCACGCCGCGGAGGAGCGGGCCAAGCCCUCGGAGCAGCUGACCCCCACGCGCCCAGAGAAGCUGAAGGAGACAGGUCUGCAAGCCCCGAAGCCCGUGCAGCACCCCUUGCACCCGACGCCCGCCCCCCACCACAGUGUGCCCAGCCUCCUCUCCAACCACAGCAUCUUCUCGCUGCCGGGCAGCAGCGCGGCCACGGCCCUGCUGAUCCAGCGCACCAACGAGGAGGAGAAGUGGCUGGCGCGGCAGCGGAGGCUGCGGCAGGAGAAGGAGGACCGGCAGUCCCAGGUGUCCGAGUUCCGGCAGCAGGUGCUGGAGCAGCACUUGGACAUGGGCCGGCCCCCGGCACCCACGGAGGCGGAGCACAGGCCCGACAGCGCCAGGCCGGGACCGAACCGUCAGGAGCCGGGCAGCCGAGACCCCCCGCAGCACUUUGGCGGGCCCCCGCCCCUCAUCUCACCCAAGCCCCAGCACCACUCCGUGCCCACGGGCCUCUGGAACCCCGUGUCCCUGAUGGACAGCACCCUGGAGACGCGGCGGGCCCCCGAGAGCCACCCCCUGCACAGCCACCCCGCCCCGUUCGAGCCUGGCCGCCAGACGGCCGUCCCCCUGGUGAAGGUUGAGCGGGUCUACUGCGCGGAGAAGGCCGAGGAGGGGCCCCGGAAGCGAGAGGCUGCCCCCCUGGACAAGUACCAGCCGCCCCCACGGGAGGCGGGAAGCCUGGAGCACCAGGCCUUCGCCCACGGGCCCGCGCCCUUCCUGGCUGAGCUCGAGAAGUCCACGCAGACCCUCCUGGGCCAGCAGCGGGCCCCCCUCUCCCAGCCGGCGCCCUUCGGGGAGCUCCCCGGGCCCCUGAAGCCGGGCUCGCCCUACCGGCCCGCGGCCCCCCGGGGCCCCGACCCCGCCUACAUCUACGACGAGUUCCUGCAGCAGCGCCGGAAGCUGGUCAGCAAGCUGGACCUGGAGGAGCGCAGGCGGCGAGAAGCCCAGGAGAAAGGGUACUACUACGACCUGGACGACUCGUACGACGAGAGCGAUGAGGACGAGGUCAGGGCCCACCUCCGCUGCGUGGCCGAGCAGCCGCCGCUCAAGCUGGACACGUCCUCCGAGAAGCUAGAGUUUUUGCAACUUUUUGGCUUGACCACCCAACAGCAGAAGGAGGAAUUGUUGACCCAGAAGCGGAGGAAGCGGCGGCGGAUGCUGAGAGAGAGAAGCCCGUCGCCCCCGACGGUUCAGAACAAGCGGCAGACGCCUUCGCCGAGACUCGCACUGUCCACGCGCUACAGCCCCGACGACAUGAACAACAGCCCCAACUUCGAGGAGAAGAAGAAGUUCCUAACGAUCUUCAACCUGACUCACGUCAGUGCCGAGAAGAGGAAAGACAAAGAGAAACUUGUUGAAAUGCUCCAUGCCAUGAAGCAGAAGGCACUGUCCAUGGUGGUGGCGGACCCGCUCAGGAACUCUCCGAGGGACAGUCCUGCUAUCUCCCUGAGCGAACCAGCCACGCAGCCAACCUCUCUGGAUGCGGAGAAGCCUGUGGGUGUCGCUGCUUCCCUGGCUGACGUCCCAAAGGCCACGGAGCCUGGGAGACUGGAGCAGCUGCGGCCCCAGGAGCCCGCUCCUGCCGGCGGCGAGAAGGCCAGGCUGAGCGAGGCCCCCGGGGGCAAGAAGGGCGUGAGCAUGCUCCAUUACAUCCGGGGCCCUGCGCCCAAGGACAUUCCCGUGCCGCUGUCCCACAGCAUCAACGGGAAGAGCAAGCCGUGGGAGCCCUUCAUGGCGGAGGAGUUUGCACAUCAGUUCCACGAGUCUGUGCUGCAGUCCACCCAGAAGGCCCUGCAGAAGCACAAAGGGAACGUGGCCGUGCUGUCUGCGGAGCAGAACCACAAAAUGGACACGUCCAUCCACUACAACAUUCCCGAGCUGCAGUCGUCCAGCCGGCUCCCUGUGCCCCCGCACAACGGGCAGCAGGAGGCCCCCACCGGGAGGAAGGGCCCCCUCACGCAGGAAAUGGACCAGGCCUCGGAGGACGACGACGAAGACGGGGAGGGGGAGGAGGACGACGACGAGCCCCCCAGGCGCAAGUGGCAAGGGAUUGAGGCCAUUUUUGAAGCUUAUCAGGAACACCUAGAAGAGCAAAAUCUGGAGCGGCAGGUGUUGCAGACGCAGUGCAGGCGGCUGGAGGCACAGCAUUAUAGCCUCAGCCUCACAGCCGAGCAGCUCUCUCACAGCAUGGCGGAGUUGAGGAGCCAGAAACAGAAGAUUGUUUCCGAGAGGGAGCGACUCCAGGCAGAACUGGAUCACUUAAGGAAGUGCCUUGUGUUGCCUGCAAUGCACUGGCCUAGAGGUUACUUUAAGGGAUAUCCUAGGUGACGGUUUCCCUUGUGCUAGGCCGAACCUAUAGUAUAGAAAUAUUAUCUAUUUUAUUACCUUGAAUAUUUAAUAUUUUUCACUGGGAGGUUUGAAGCUUAAAAUUUAAAAAAAAGAAAAAAAAAAGAAAAAAAAAGAGAAUGUGCCAUGCAUGAAGCAGAGGACUCCAGGCCCCAGAAGAACGAACCCGCCUUGACUUCAAUGCAACGGAAUCACCUUUGUCAUUCAGCGAGCAACCGACUAGGACGCCCAUCGUUCUUUUUGUUUGGUCUUUUCUUUUCUUUUUAAAGGUGGUUUUCUUCUUCCCCCACGCCAUUAUUUUCUAGUCUGAAAGUGAAGGCUCCCUUACCAACACUAAAACUGUAUCAUUGAGGGCCCCUGGGUGCGAAGAAUGGAUCAGGCCGACUGUGUUGGGUUUCUGGUGUGGCCACACGGCUCCCCGCCUCCUCGAGCCCCCCCGUCCCCUUCCGCCCCGGCGCGGGGUCGGCCUCGCUCCUCCCCCGGACGGAGACCGGCUUCGGCAGAAGGAAGGCGGGGUGCAUUUUCCUGGUAAAGGGCUUAUUUGUUUGUUACUUUUCUGCAAAAUUUUCUCCGAAGCAACAGGUCCUAGGAGCCCACAAAGCACCAAUACCGAAGCCUCACCCACAGGCUUUUCCCCGGAAAAGCUCUUAUCUAAAGUGCAUCACCCAACUGAAGGUACCUUUUUACUACUCAGUGGGGGAAAAUGUACAGAGCUCUAUGUAUACAUACGUUCACACCCACGAAAUUGUUACUGCGGUGGGUUGUGUUUUCAUACAAACGUAAAUUUUGAGAGAAAAGUCAAAGGUGCUUCAGCCUUGUACUGUGUAUAUAUAUUAAAAAAAAAAACAAAGUUUUGUAUGUUUUUAUUACUUUAAUUAUUGUUAUAAAAAGCCUGCCAUUUUUAAAUAUGUGGUUUGGGGGGAUUUUUGUUUGUUUGUUUUCCUGUUUGGGGGUUCUGUUUGUUUUUUUGCUUUUGUUUUCCUGGGCAAAAAAACUUGCUUUUAGUGUUUGUACUGCUGCUGGUCAGGACAUUAAACUAUUGAAGUGUUUUUAACGAUUAAAGAAGAAGAAAAGUAAAAAAGAGCUUACCACUGGCGCCUAUGCGAUCACUUCAUUUUUGAGUCGCACCAGAAAGUGACGUAGAAAGCCAUGUGUUGUUCCUUCUUCCCUCCUCCUGUCCCCUCCCCCUGGCUCUGGGGCGCAGACAGAACCAGUUGCUACUGCGGAGGGGCUCGGCCCCCGGCGGGCAGAGGCCGCCCGGUGCGCCCGCGGCUCUGCCCAAAGAACCUGUCAGGAAGGGAGCGAGUUCUGUGAUAGGAUUCUAAGGUGUCUUACAGCAGUCUGAGAACAGGUGCAAAGUAGAAACUUUAGAAGCUUUAUUUAGAUGCAAAGCUUUGUAAAAGCCUAACAGUAGGUAAACCAUGUCUGAGCUGAACUUCCCCUCCUUUUGAACUUACUGUCCUGAGCACAGGAGCGGCUAGAAACUGGGGAAGGCAUCUCUCUCCGCGCAAAGCAGUGUUUCCUUCUCGGCCCCAUUCCAGCUCCUCCAGGCGGGGGGGGGGGGGGGUCUCCUCUCGCCCGAACGGGCCCCAGAAGACCCGAGGCCCAAGCAGCCAGGGGCGGGUCCGUCGGGGGGGGGGGGGGGGCGGAGGCGAGAACCUUGAUGGCCGCCGUCCCUUUCACCCUGGGUCAGGGACAGGCUGGCCGACCUUCAGGAAGGCUACUCACUGCGCUCGGUGGCCGCGCCCUCGGCACCAGACCUUAGCUGUGCAGAACAGCUUGCUGGCAGAUGGCAUUGUGUUGCUUUAUCUGUUCCCACACAGUUUGCUUUGUAUGUCUGCCAAGAAUCUUCUAGUUAUUAGCAAACUCAGACAAAAAGUGCCGCCAGUAUUAUCAGCAGUCAACAAGCGCCUUCCUCUCCACAAAAACGACUCGAGAACGCAGGCCUGUGCUGCGUGCCUCCCCUCCCCUGCAAAGACACUGGGAGACCAACUCGUUCCACAGGCGGGGACAGGUGUCGAGAGGGGGCUCUGCUGCGAGCAGUCAGGGGAACAGUCAGGGGACGGGGACGAGGUGACCGAAUUUCUCCCGAGUCGGCUGGCUCGUUCCGGUCUGAAAGAACAAGCUCAAGGGCUCCGCCUCAGCACCCCGCUCCCCGCCCUCCCCCGGCCCUGGAAAAGGGCUGGACGCCCCUGCUAAGCAGCUUGGGGAGGGCUUGAGGAAACAGCCCCGCCCCGCCCCUCACCAUCCGAGGGGAGCCCCCUGUUGGGGCGCUGUUACAGGUCGAGGGCCACGCCCAUAGGGGGGCGAUCACCACCCAGGGGUGGAAGCCAUGGGUGCAGCUAGAAGGGCUCCGCUCCCUGCCGCUGGAGACUAACCGCCUCCCCUGCCUUCCAGCCUCGGUCCCUCCUCCUCCCCGCACUCCCACCUCUCAGUAGAAAGACAAUCAGAAUACAGACCAGUAAGGCAGCACGAAGAAACUAAGGAAGGGAAGAAAGCAGAGGUGCACCACGAGGACCUGGCUUUCCCGUCCGGUGGCUAGUUUUCGUUUUCAGAGGGUUUGGAAACAACAGCACCACCUCUCUUCAGUUUGGGCUUAAAAAUGGACAAAUGCGUGAUCCUUGUCCGCUAUUUCACGUUGAGUUUAAAAGACAGAGUUGAGAAGUACGCCAGAUCUGCUCUAGAACUCAUUACGUAACUCGGGUCAGUAUUUUCGUGGAGACCCCCGUCUUUCACGACCUUGUGUCUUCCUGCCGCCCCUGCGAGGCUUGGCUGCCGUCCGUCCUCAAGGGGACUGCACUCCGCUUGUGAGGGUCCUCUUCCAAAGUGGGGUCCUGGGGUUCUGCAUUUAAUCCCAUCAUUAGAAAUGAACCGGGAGCUUUCCCCCGAACUUGGCGCUUACGACCUGAUCCUUUGACAAUGUGGUUUCCUCUAAUUAGAGCCAAAGGGACAUAAAAUCAUGACCUCCGUCCAUGAUCUCAGAUAAGUGACCAAGAUAGGACUUAACAGGAUUUUUUUUUUUUUCUACAGAACAUAGGCUAAACACUUCAUUGGCGUUCACAUUCUAAUAGAUUACAUCCUUAAGGAAAUUCCAACAAUACUUAGAGGAGCCCGCACUCUCGGCAGCGGAGGAUCCUAGUACAAGAAGGUCUGUACCUGGAAUGGGUUUUCCUCCAGUAGCUCGAUAAGGCUGCCAAAUCUCAAAAAUCAGGCGCCCCCUUUCCCCUCUGAGCGGUCUUCAAAGUAGAAAGUUCCAGGGACCCACCACAAGAUGGAGAUGGUCGGCACAAGCCAAUUCUGUGACUCAUAGCUGUGUAUUAGCCACUUAGCAGCGGAAAUAUCCCGCACCCCACGGAAACCAGUACCUGACUUCUCCCGUCUUACAGUAACCAGUCCCAACUUUUUGAUCCAGCACUUAACUUAGACUCCUUCAUUCUGCCUUGACCUGAGGAAGGCCACGCUGACUGGUUGUGUUACUUUGUAUGUGCCCUGUGCUCACUUGCUAGAACAGUAAAACCAGUACAUGGGAGGGAGGAGGGAUGCCUCGGUCACUCUGGGGGCAGUUUAGAUGCUGUGAAAUUAAACCUGUUCUAAGUGUACUUGUUUGAAUUAAUUGUAUUGUAAUAUUAUUUGUUGAAUGUAGUAAUUAGGUAUUUAUGAAUAUAUUGCUGUAAUUUCUGACAACAUCCAAAAAAAUAAAAUCUUCCUAAAUCAUGUUAA